AUGUAGUACAUCUGUUCUACCUUGUUUUCUACUAAACUCAAUACUUUGAGGAGCAUACAGGGACAUGCUAUUAAUAUUUGUUUUUUUUCUUGCAGAUUGAAAUGGAAUUUUGUGGAGGUGGGACACUCUUCCAUCUGAUCCACAGCCCUUUUAGUCAAGGUCUUCCCGAACCUUGCAUUGCUUAUAUAUGUCGGGAAGUCCUAAAGGUAUGUCAGGCUCAACUUAUUCAAGCAUGUUCUAAGUAUUUGAUUAUAAUUUGUGUUAGAGAACAUUGACAAAUUGCUGUUUAAUUCUUGUUUUUUGCUUUUUCUUUCUUACAGGGUCUGUCACACCUCCAGAAAAAGAAGAUAAUGCACCGAGACAUCAAGUCCCUUAAUAUUGCCGUAACCGAAGAUGCCGGUAUACGUUUAAUUGAUUUUGGGCUUGCACGAAAAGUAAAAAGAUUCCGGCCUUGUAAAGAACUACUGGGAACGCCGCACUACAUAGCACCUGAAGUGUGGACAUGCAGCUCAUAUGAUUACAAGGUAAGAAAAUCCCUUCAGCAAGUAUUUUUGAAUGCGGUCCAACUGUCAUUUUUCUGUAUCCACUACACCUUUCUGAUUAAAUAACAUUAGUGUUUUGACCACCACUGUCCCCAUAGGCCUAAGAAUAUACACAAUAUAUACAUACAUAUACACAAUAUAUAAAUAGCAGUUGAAGCUAAAAAGAGAUAUUUCUAUGGUUCUUACAUUAAACAAGCACUAAAUAGCAAUUUCUUCUUGAAACUAUUGAUUUUUACAUCAAUACAUGAAAGUGUCAGCAAUGCUGAUUAUCUGUUGUCUUUUCCCCUCAAUCAUACUCAAGAAUAAACAGAGGCGUGAUUAAAAACCUAUAAUAAUAUGUAACUGAAAAGUACAAUAAUUGAAAUAAUUGCCUUUCUUUUCAUUUUCAGUGUGACAUAUGGGCUUUGGGCAUUACUGCCAUUGAGAUGGCAGAAGCAAGAUGUCGUGAGUAUUUCUCAGUAUUUUUUUUGUGUUAGACUUGUUUGGGGCUUUCACCAAACACAUAUAGAUAUUAAUUGUAUUUGUAAUGUGUUGAAUGAAAGAAGUAAUGUUGCACAUAAGCAUAGCUCUCCCCAACUCUGAGGGAAGUAAGAAUCCAACAUGAAGUUUAGGAACAAAUGAAUGUUAUUAUCAACUAUGAUUAAUAAUGAAAUAAAGAUACAAUAGUUUGCUAGCUCUGUAGCAUUUAGUUGGAACCCUUGGAAUUUAUUCCUUAACAAUGAAUAAAGGGACCUGGGAUGAAAAUUACUAGUGUAUGAUUCAUCAGAUUGUAGAUUGCUGGGCAGGCGGUAAAUAUUUUCUAAACAAUGACCUAGACUUUUUUGGAACAUCUGGAAUCUGACAUGUAUUUCUUUAUACCCAUUAGCACUGCUCCAUUUACAACGAGAAGCAGUUGGAGAAGAAAUAGUUUUUGGCGAUCCUCCAACUCUAAGUCGACCAUACAGAUGGUAAGCUAACCACAUCCCAUUUGACUUUAGUCAUAAUCUGAAGGGGUGAUCCUUACCCCAUUGCCACCAUGGGGAGGCUCUGCCCUGAUUUCCCCCAUUCACCUUUUUAGCACCAGAGGGGGUUCAGGAGGGUUCUCUUCCCUAGUACAGAGAGUGCACUAGAAGAGCCUAAUUUCCAGUUUGAAAACCGACAUUCUGCUCUUAAAGUUAUCAGGAGCAUCUUACAUUAUCUCUAAAUCAACACCCUUUUAUUUUUUUCCAGGUCUGCAGAGUUUAACUCAUUUAUUGAGGCCUGUUUAACCAAGGAUCCCAAAGACAGACCAACGGCUAAGUUUCUGCUCCAAAACCAUCCUUUCGUAGCAAAUAUACAGGAUGAAAUACAAGUAAUAGCAGAAUUGAAAUACUUAGUCGGAAUCCUGAAUGAAGCUAGACAUUGGCAAGGUAAGGGACUUGUACAUUUUUUACAUGUUCGGGCAUUUUAUUUGUAGAGGUAGUAAAGGACAUGAAUAGAUUAUGGUUUUGUUAGUAUAGAAAUAAGAAUUAUUAUUAAUUCAGGCAUAAUCAAACAUAGAUAAAUACAUCCCUACAUUUUAUUUUAUUUGCAGAAGACAAAGCUAGAAUACAAUCAGUUGAGAAAAUAUCUCAGAUGCCAGAUAAGAAUGCAAGAGCCAAUGAUGUAGAUCUAGCCUCAAAACCAGCAGAGGAGAUUCCUAGUGCUGCUAUAGAAGAAGUGCCCAGUGACGUUGUUGUGUCACUGGACACAAAAAUAGUAGAAACAGCGGAGAAUGCUGAAGAUGAAGAUCUAGCCUCAAAAACAGCAGAAGAGAUCCCUAAUGCUGCUAAAGAAGAAGUGCGAAGUGACAUUGUUAUGUCACUGGACACAAAAAUAGAAGAAACAGCACAGAAUGCUGAAGAUGAAGAUCUAGCCUCAAAACCAGCAGAGGACAUUCCUAAUGCUUCUGCAGAAGAAGUGCACAGUGACGUUGUGUCACUUGACACAAUAAUAGAAGAAACAGCACUGAAUGCUGAAGAUGAAGUUUUAGCCUUAAAAACAGCAGAAGAGAGUCCUAAUGCUGCUGUAGAAGAAAUGCACAGUGAUGACGUUGUGUCGCUGGACACAAAAAGAGAAAAAACAGCAGAGAAUGCUGAAGAAACUGCUUCAGAGGUUCAGGUGGAUGAACCAGCCAGUGAAGUUGUGAAGAAAAUUUCACCACAAGAUGUCGGCUCAACCGACAUUGAGGGGAAACAGGACACCACUACAUUCACCAUUAACAUAGGUGAAUCUGAAAAGGAUGUUGAAGCCUCAACUAUACCUAAGGAGGACCCACUUCAGUCCAGUGAAGAAGCCCCAGAACUGUCUGUUGCUCAGGAGUUGUCUCCACAAGAGGAGGUCGGCUCAACCGACACAGAUGAGGAACAGACCACCGUAUGCCAUAUUAACAUGGCUGAUUCUGAUGAGGCUUUACAUGCCCCACUUCAAUCCAGGGAAGGAGCCCCAGUAUUAGAAGAAAAUACUGGAUAUGAGAUCACAGAAAAUGCUAGUGACUAUAUAGGCUUAGUAAUGUUAUUCUUAAUAUUGUUACUGGCACUUUAUUAUUUUGCAAGGAGGUGAGGCUUUUAUAGAAGCACACCUUUUUAGCUUUUAAUGCAUUUAAUAUUUUUUUAUAUUUUCAUAUAUUUUUUCCUUUAUUGGGAUAUAAGUAAAAGAGGAGGAAGGAGGCACAUUUAAUUCAGAAGAUGGAACACUGCAUCUUCAUUUCUUUUAAAUGUUUUUCUACAUUGGGAUAUAAGUAAAAGAGGAGGAAGGAGGCACAUUUAAUUCAGAAGAUGGAACACUGCAUCUUCAUUUCUUGUAAAUGUUUUUCUACAUUGGGAUAUAAGGAAAAGAGGAGGAAGGAGGCACAUUUAAUUCAGAAGAUGGAACACUGCAUCUUCAUUUCUUGUAAAUGUUUUUCUACAUUGGGAUAUAAGCAAAAGAGGAGGAAGGAGGCACAUUUAAUUCAGAAGAUGGAAAACUGCAUCUUCAUUUCUUGUAAAUGUUUUUCUACAUUGGGAUAUAAGCAAAAGAGGAGGAAGGAGGCACAUUUCAUUCAGAAGAUGGAAUACUGCAUCUUCAUUUCUUGUAAAUGUUUUUCUACAUUGGGAUAUAAGGAAAAGAGGAGGAAGGAGUCACAUUUUAUUCAGAAGAUGGAAUACUGCAUCUUCAUUUCUUUUAAAUGUUUCUCUACAUUGGGAUAUAAGCAAAAGUGGAGGAAGGAGGCACAUUUCAUUCAGAAGAUGGAAUGCUGCAUCUUCAUUUCUUGUAAAUGAUUCUCUACAUUGGGAUAUAAGCAAAAGAAGAGGAAGGAGGCACAUUUCAUUCAGAAGAUGGAACACUGCAUCUUCAUUUCUUGCAAAUGUUUUUCUACAUUGGGAUAUAAGUAAAAGAGGAGGAAGGAGGCAUAUUUCAUUCAGAAGAUGGAAUACUGCAUCUUCAUUUCUUUUAAAUGUUUCUCUACAUUGGGAUAUAAGUAAAAGAGGAGGAAGGAGGCACAUUUCAUUCAGAAGAUGGGACACUGCAUCUUCAUUUCUUGCAAAUGUUUUUC